AUGCCUACAAUAAAGCUCGUAGUGAUUGGUGCUUCUGGCGUAGGCAAGACUAGCCUCAGAGGAAAGUACAUCUCUGGCCGCUUUUCGACGGGGUACAGAGCGACUAUCGGUGCUGAUUUCAUCACGAAGACGGUUCCACACCCACGAAACCCAGACGAAUCAGUCACGUUACAGAUCUGGGAUACAGCAGGCCAAGAACGUUUCUCAAGCCUCUCAUCGGCAUUCUUCCGCGGGGCAGACGCAGCGCUGUUAAUCUUUGACGUCACCUCCCCCGAAUCCAUGCACGCACUCAAGAAAUGGUGGAACGAUUUUAAGGACAAGGCGCCUGUGGAGGAUGGGGACGUGCAUGAAUACUGCUGCGUUGUUGUGGGGAACAAGAUGGAU